UCCUCGCGCUUUUUGUUGUUUUGAUUUAUUUUGCUUUUAAUUUGAUUUGUUUGAAUUAAAAAGCAGAAUCUUCCGCCAUGUCGAACCAACGGAAGGACAUGUGGAAGCUGCUGUACAACCAUGUCAAUCGCAACGGUGCCAAUUUGGCCCAGGUGUACACGGUGAUCGAGGAUAUACUGUGCCAGGAGCCGAGCCUCAUCAGUUGCUCGCUGGUCCGAGAGCUGAACAACAAAUUCCAGGACACCUUCCUCCUGUGGCUGCUCAACAAGCUGGCCAGGUGCCUCAGCGAGGCUGCGGAUGGAAGUCAGUGCAUCAAUCUGCAAAGGAAAAUCCUUAGCUCCUGCUGCUCCAAUCAUCCCAAGCUAUUCCAGCGCCUGGUCCUGGCCUACAUCGAGGCUCUGGAUAAGCUGCACCUACAACUAAGUCGCGUGGAUAAAAAACACAGCCUGUGCCUGGCCAUUUUCAAAUGCGAUGUGGCCUGCCUCCAGGAAUUUGAUCCACUCUGCGCCUUCGAAGAUGUCCAUUUGCCGCUGGCGAGGGCCGAUUCGUAUGCCAAGAGUCUGCUGCUGGUGCUCCAGCAUGCCCAACUCAUUGGCCAUUCGACGCACUCAGGCAUCUUCUCGGGCAGCCUGCGACAGGCCCUGCACAUCCUCAAGGAGUGCGACAUGGAGGCCAAGCUGGUGAGCUUGAACUACUGUCACAGAGUGCUGCAAUCCCAGUCGCCAACAGAUCCGGAUGUCUGCCAUUAUGCCCAGCUUACACUUGAAGCUUUGACUAUAAUGUGGCCCUUGGUGGCCAAGUGGCUGGAGGUGGGCUGUAUGACGCGGGAGGAGCUCAAGCAGCUGAAGGUUAUAACGAGGCAACUGCUGGGUGUUUUAAGGGAACAUCUAAGAGAUCAGGAAGCCCUGCAACUGGGUUAUCUCCUCUUGAAUGAGCUACUCAGCUUGCCGGCUAACCUGGAAGUGGAGGAGCUGCUGGAGGCAGCCAGUAACUAUAUGCAAGGCCAGCUAAACCUAGGGACAGCCUCGCUAGAGCAACUGGAGCACCUGCAUCAGCUGGUGAUGAGUCAUUGGCGCUUGCAUCCUGAACAUUUACUGCCACUAAUGGCCUUGCUCUGCCUCAAGCAUCAGGGCAUAAGGGCAGGAACAGUGCAGAUCCUGAUCCAGGAGGGUCUUUUAUCCUCAAAUCCUGAGAAGCCCAAAGAGCUACAUUUAAUGGUGGCCAUUUUGCGGGCUCUGAAGCAGCUGGAGCAGCUCAUCUUAAACCAAAGCCAAAGGAAGCUAGCGGAAGAAGAAGCUACCCGACUAACUCCAGCUGUGUUGGCCAAGUUGCCGCUGCAGUGUGACCUGCCCCAGGUGAAGGACAUCAACUGGAACAGCCUGGCCAUGAAGUUGCUAGAGCAGCAGGCCAAAUUAUCUCCCACCGAAAUGGAAAUCUUCUCGCUUUUGAUGCAAAUCUCGAGCAUUCGUCAGGCCUUGAAGUCGCCCACGCAACAUCAAAUGCUGAGCCUCCUCCAAAGUCGCGUGGCCUUGCCCUUGGGUCGCUUGGAGCUGGAUCAACUGUGUGCCAUACGCCUGGAGGCCACUCCCUCGAGUGCCCACACCCAGUUGCAAUCCUUCUAUGCCCAGCAUUACACGAGUCUCUUGGAGCAAGAAGCCUUCUUUGACCACCUGCCCCAGCUGUACAUAGCGGGCUACAUCAAGCAGGAGCAACUGGUCAAGGUUUUGCCGGGUAUAAAAGGUCACAAGGAGCGGAACCAAGUCCUACGCCUUUUAGUUUGCUGCUCCUCCCACUUUGCCUUCAAAGUCAAAGAUCACAUUGAGUUGUAUUGCUCCAAGUGCAGAGCCUUGCCGGAAGGCCUUCCUCCGGGGAUUUACCUGGGCAAAUGCAAGCAGCAACCCGCCAAGUUGGAGUUCUCAUCUGUGACACUGGAGACCAUAGCCAGGGAUUUGCUGUUCCAGCCGGAUUUCUGCUUCAUUACCCGCCACCUGGAUAGGCUGAGCCUGGAGCCAAGUCUGGUUAUGCGGCUGCUUAAGGAGGAGGUCAAGGCUUUGGAGGUUGUCCAGGCCAAUACCUUCCGUCUCCUGGUGCCCGCCAUGCCCGAGUUGAUGCCACAAUUUGCCAGCUUUGUCUUGGAGACCAUUAAGGCCAUGCUGGCGAGGCCUUUGCCGGAGCAGAGCAUCACCUGGCAGCGAAAUAUUCUACGCAUCAUCAUAGCCUCUGCUGCAGAUCCCCACAUAGAGGAAAUCUGGCUGUUCCAUUGGUUCAAGAUGACCUUUUUCUUUCUGGUCAACACCCACUCGCUGGUGGCCCAAGAGGCUGUGCUGGCCGCCAGUGAGUUGUGUGCCAGCCAUGGCGUGCAGACCAUCAAUCUGUGGAACUGGUAUCGCCGAGAUGCUUUGGAUCUGACCAUACGCCUGGCCCUGGCUGCGUAUCUCACAGAGGGGGUGCGCUUCACCAGAUCGCUUAGAGCGCUCACCAAAAUGCUGGGCUUUUCGUGCGUCCAGGAGUUUACCUGCAAGUAUCAUCGUUUCCUCACUGCCAUGGUCUUGCCGCACUGCAUCCUGGAGCCGCGCUGCAAGGGUGUUUUGGUUUUGAUAGCCAAGCAGCUGCGCAAGCCCAUUGCCACAUUGUUCUCCACCUCCUUUCUGCGCAUCUACACCCAUGUCUACCUCACCGAGGAGCCGGAGCUGGCCAAUAGCUGCAUUGAGCUGGUGGUCAGCUGCACGCAGUCCAGCCUGCAGCAGCUCAUGAAUGCUGAUGUGAAGCAAACUGUGGCCGAACUGCUCAUCUACUUUAAUCGCAAUCCCACCUUUGUCAUGCGCUCCUUCCAGAGCCUGCUGCAGUUCACUGGCGGAGGAGGAAGUGUCCCCUCGGAGCUGUCCAGUCAGGCGGCCAAUGCCGAGUUUGCCACCUUCAUUGCCGAGCGUUUCCUAGGCGUCAUCACCUAUUUCGAGAGCUGCCUCAGUGAACCGACCUUUGAGAAGCCCCUCAAGGAGGAGACCCUGUACAGCCUGGGUCAGAUCAUGCGCUUCGUGGGUGCCCAGCAUGUGACCCAGUUUCGUUUCAAGAUCAUAGCCAUGCUUAGUUUCGUACACACCCUAAACGAGCCGCGUUUGCAGAGGAUUUGCCUGAAGAUUUGGCACAUCUUUUUGCAUGUGGUGAAUGUCCAGGAGCUGGGGCCAUCGCUGGGCAGGAUUGUGGCCACAUUGCAGCCGCUGCUGGCAGACAGCGAGAGUGUUUCGCAGGUGAAUGAUUUGUACGAGUUUGUGAUCUUGCGGAAUGCCUCCAUGCUGGGCAACUACAUAACGGAUUUGUACUUUCUGGAGAGGAUGGAGGAGGUGUCGCCGGCCAUAAGGAGAAGCAUACGCAGGCACACGGCGCAUUUGGUGUUGAGUGGGGAAGGAGGAGGAGGAGCAGGAGGAACAGGAGGAACAGGAUUAGCACCGGAACAGGAUGAAUCACCUGCCCAACUCCGCGAUCAGCUGCGCUUUCUCCACAAGCACAUUGUGGACGAGUGCCUCCAGGUGCGUAUCUAUGCCUUGCAGCAUCUCGGCGAGCUUUUUGGCCGCCGACGUAACCAGCUGAACCGCAUGAUCCUCAAUGAGCAGCCGCUGGAGCCCAUGCUGGAGCAGAUUGUAAACGUUUUGAUGACUGGCUGCCAGCACGAUGAUCGGCAACUCCAGAUGGCCUCGGCCAAGUGCCUGGGCGAACUGGGUGCCAUCGAUGCCAGCUAUUUGCCCUCCAACUAUAACUUUGCCAGCUCCAAGCCCAUGCCCCUCAGUGUUCUCUCCGAUGACUUUGCUGUGCUGGCCCUGACCGCCUUGUGUCGUGGCUAUCAGUUCCAGCAGAAGACCAAGCAUGUGGAUAGCUUCUCCUUGGCCAUACAGGAGACCCUGGCUGUUUGUGGAAUCUCUCCGAAGGAGCACAAGAAGGUGCAGUUGUGGCAAUCGCUGCCGGAAAGAAUGCGCCAGGUAAUGGAGCCCCUGCUCCACUCCUGCUACACCAGUUGCCAGCGGCCCAGCUCCCUCCUGCAGCAGCAACAGCAGCCGCUCUUUGGCAGUUACUACUACUACGAGGAGUGGGCCUUCCUCUGGGCAGCCCGACUCAUUGAUUACAUACAAACCUCGUCGGAUACGCGGCAUCUCCUGAACUCCUACAAGCCCUGCAUCAAGCGGGAUGGCAACAUGCUGAGCACCUUUUAUCCCUACAUCCUGCUGCAUGCCCUGCUGGAGUGCAGCGAAGAGCAGCGGAGGCUGAUACUCGAGGAGUUCAUGACCGUUUUGAGGGCCAACGAGAAGAGGAGUUCCAGUAACCAGCAGGAGCUGGGCGAGAUCAAGGAGAAUGCCUUCAAGCAGUUCGAGUCUAGGAAAUAUGGAGCGGGAACCAAGCAGCAGUUAACCAAACCCACGGGGGAAGGUGGAUCCUUCCAGGAGAGGAGUGCCGCCGAAGCCAGUCAUGUGCCCCGACUGGCCGGCAAGCUGUGCGCCGAACUCUUGGACUUUUUGCAGCGCUGGCUGAGGGAAUGGCAGCGCAUGCAUGGCAGGAGUACCAAUGGCAAGCCACCACAAACUAUAGAUAAAAACUACCGAAAGAUUCACGAGUUUCUGGCCGAGAUUCCCAAGCUAUUGGUCUCGCGGGCCAGCUACAAUUGCGGCGAGUAUGCCCGCGCCUUGAGCUACCUGGAAAGCUAUCUGGAGGAGGAGGAGGAGGACAAGCCCAGGCGCCUGUUGGAACAGUUUACCUUCCUCGUGGAAGUCUAUGGCUCCUUGAUGGACUCGGAUUCGGUGGAGGGUGCAGUGCAGGCUCGCAGCUACGACAGUGUAAGCGUGGCCCAGGAUAUUGUGGUGAAUCGUUUGGUGGAGCGGCAGCAGGACAUGAUCACCUGCUAUGAGCAGCUGCUCUCCAGCGGGGACCAGCUGCAGCCGGAGCAUAUCCAGGCCAUGAUUGAUGCGUAUUUGAGGGAUACUCCAAGGACAGCCCAGCUUAUAGCUGAAGGACUAUGGCAGCGUUUACCAGAGGAUCAGUACUCGGAGCAGUGCUUUGCCGAGUGCAAGUCGGAGCUGCUGUGGCGCCUGGGCAGCUACGAUGAGCUGGAGCAGCUGCCUCUAGAAGAGCUCAAGUCCAAUUGGCCUGCCCAGUGCUCUCAGGGUUGCCUGGCCUUGAGGAGACCCCUUACCACUCCCUCGCAAUUCGAAGGCUUGCUGGAUGGGAUGCGAGGUUCGGUGCUGGAGCAGCUGCGCAGCUGCUCGGCUGUCCAGCAGCAUUCCUAUGCCAAUGCCUAUGAUUCCGUGUUGAAGCUGCACUUGGUCCAUGAGCUGCAGUGCAGCCAGCAGCUGGUGGAGCAGCUGGAACAAGGUGAUACGGCUACGGAAGACCAGGAGAGGAUCAUGCUCAGGUACUUUGAGGACUGGCAGUACCGCUUGCAGAUCAUCCAGCCGCAGGUUCGCGUCCAAGAGCCCAUCUACAGCUUCCGCCGGAAUCUACUGGCUGAGCUCCAGCAAAGACUCUCCAGCCGGGAGCAUCUACUGCCCCAUCUCCAGACGGAGCUGGCCAGGCUUUGGCUGAACAGUGCCCAGAUCAAUAGGAAUGCUGGCCAGCUGCAGCGUGCCCAGCUGUAUAUACUCAAGGCGGGGGACUACAAGCCUCCGGGUUUGUUUAUUGAGAGAGCCAAACUCCUCUGGCAGAAGGGGGACCAGGUGAUGGCCAUCAACUACCUGGAGGAGCAGCUAACCAGCAUGCGUCUGGCCUGCCAGGGUAAUGUCAAGGCCAUGCCGGAGGAUCAGCGACACUUGUACUUCCAGGGCAAGUACCUGCAGGCUGUCUACAAUGCUGAAUCCAUGCACCUGUGCGCCGACGUGGUGCUCCGCCAGUUUGAGGAUGCCAUUGCCGUGCACAAGCAGUCCGAGAGCUGUCAUGUGCAGCUGGCGCAGUUUCUGGAAAAGAUGCGCGAGGCCAAGCUGGGCAAGGUGUCCUCCACAUCCCACGAAUCCGAUGACAUGCUCAUCCAAAUCCUCUUCAACUACGCCCGCUCCCUGAGGUAUGGCAGCCAGCAUGUCUACCAGUCGAUGCCGCGGGUGAUCAGCCUGUGGCUGGACACGGCGGAAAAUUCGCCCAAUGAGGUCCAGCAGGUGCGCAAGAUGAACGAUCUGCUGAGCAAUUGCUGCACUGUCCUGCCCACCUCUGUCUUCUACACGGUCUACUCCCAGAUGCUGAGUCGCUUGUGUCAUCCCCAUGCCGAGGCCUUUGCUGUUUUGCGCAAUGUGAUUGUGCGUCUGGUGGAGGAGUAUCCGCAGCAGUCCUUGUGGAUGCUUCUGCCCCACUUCAAGUCGGCCACCGCCAACAGGAUCAAGCGUUGCAAGCUGGUGCUCACCGAUCGGAGGCUCCAGAAUGCUACCUUUCAGAAGCUCCUCAGCGACUUUAACUCCCUCACCGAGCGCCUGAUGGAGCUGACCAACAAGGAGGUGGCCCUGGAUCGCACCUACAAGCUGAGCGACCUGGAUAGACGCCUCACCAAGCUCUGCAAUCAGGCGGAUUUCUCGAAUAUCCUGUUGCCCUUUGAGAAGUAUAUGCAGCCCACUUUGCCGCUGAGUUCCGAGGCCACAUCUCUGUCACCUCUGGCCGGGCACAACUCCAGCUCCAGCUCCACUGGCAACUGGUUUCCCUACCAGCAAAUCUACAUCAGUGGCUUCCAGGAAUCGGUGUUGAUUCUGCGCUCGGCGGCCAAGCCCAAGAAGCUAACCAUUCGCUGCAGCGAUGGCCAGGAUUAUGAUGUACUGGUGAAGCCCAAGGAUGACCUGCGUCGCGAUGCCCGUCUGAUGGAGUUCAAUGGCCUGGUGAAGCGGUAUUUGCAUCAGUCAGCGCCAGCCAGGCACCGGCGUCUUCAUAUACGCACCUAUGCCGUGCUGCCGUUCAAUGAGGAGUGCGGCCUGGUGGAGUGGCUGCCCAAUCUCUCGUCGUACCGCAGCAUCUGCAUGAGUCUGUAUGCUCAGCGGGGGCAGGUGAUGUCCAGCCGGAUGCUGCAUCAGCUGGCCGUGCCGCUGCACGAUCCGCUGGAGCGGAAGCGUGAGGUGUUCCUCAAGCAGCUGCUGCCCGCCCAUCCGCCGGUGUUCCAGGAGUGGCUGCGUCAACGCUUCGCCACCCUGCACAGCUGGUAUGAGGCCAGGAACACCUACAUACGCACCGUGGCUGUCAUGUCCAUGGUGGGUUAUAUCCUAGGCCUGGGCGAUCGGCAUGGCGAGAAUAUUUUGUUUGAUGAACGAAAUGGAGACGCUGUCCAUGUGGAUUUCAACUGCCUGUUCAAUCAGGGUGAACUGCUGGCCUAUCCGGAGGUGGUGCCCUUUCGGCUGACCCAGAACAUGAUCGCGGCCAUGGGUCCGCUGGGCGUGGAGGGCAGCUACCGGAAGUGCUGCGAGAUCACGCUGCGGCUGCUCAAGCAGGAGGCCAAGACCCUGAUGUCGAUGCUGCGGCCGUUCGUCUACGAUGUGGGAGCCCAGAUAAAGAAUGGGAGUGCCGCCGCCAAGAUUCACAACGAUGUACAGCUUAUAGCGGAUCGGCUGCAGGGGCAUGUCAAGCGUCGGGCCAACAGCAUUCCCUUGUCCACUGAGGGACAGGUGAACUUCCUUAUUAACGAGGCCACCAAAUUGGACAACUUGGCUGUCAUGUACAUUGGCUGGGGAGCGUUCCUUUAGACCUUAAUAUUCCCCAUCAAAAGAGAGUUUUUAAAUACUCAUUAAUUUACAUAAAUAUGCCUUUGUUUUUAUAU